GCAUUUGCUCGCUUGCGCAAUGGACCUCCACUUGCUCCUGAACCCGUGUUUGGGCCACAAAGACAUGGACGCCUCGCAUCUCGACCCAUGCAGCAUCGUUCGUUGCGUCGAGUUUCACGAAGCACCGACCAAGAAGCGCCGUCCGCCCGUACAACACCCGUCAACAUUUUACAAGCGACCUCGCGUGGACUACACCAUUUCAGCGACCCACGAGCCGCACGUCAAUUCGGCUUGUAUGAUGUACAGCACUACUUUUCAAACGCACUCCGCCACUGAAUCGCAUCGCCUCGACCGAUCUCAUGAAGUUAACAACGCGCACUGCCACCCGUACAACCACCAGAUGCAGCCCAGCAGCACGAACCUGACGUGUCAUGUCCUCUUCAAGCACCACUCCGACGUCCGCACCGCGUUCCUUGACGUGGGGUUUGACGCCAACAGCAUCUUCAACCAGAUCUGUCCAUUGCGCAAAGGCCGGUGGCGCCACGAAGAGGAAGCCUACGCCAUCGAGCUCGUCAAGAUGGUCCACGCCAACCGACUCCCGCUCAAGUUUCGCCAGUCGCUUCGGACGUUCCUCGCCCAGAAACUCCACAGCGACGAGAUGCGCCGCGGUCACGUGGACGAAGACGCUGUCGUGACGGGAACAGCGUACGAGAACGAGCGAUCGAUCGAGCCGCUCGAGACGUUGCGCCGGGCGUUUUUGAAGUCGGUGCAGAUUGAAGUCGUGGUUGCGAUGCGCGAGUACGAUAAAUAG